GAGAGCAGAGGCUGUGAUGGCGUUCUGACAACGGCUGUGGCGGUACAUUUACUCCAGUUGGUUUAUGAACUUAGUUGAGACGGGGCGAGUGAUGUGGUAACGCGCGACACUUUGACUUUAAACAAGCUUUACUGCUGUAUUUUGGACAGUUUUCUCGCGAACUUAGGGUGCGUCACCGUGUUAUACAGCCAUUAUCUUGUGUUCAUCCUUACCAACGUAAUAGUGGUGGUAUGAUGUGAAUUUUCGAUGGUGGAAUAGUGCUAUAAGUGAUUUUUGGUUCAAUGGUGCAAGAUGAUAAAAUUAAUGAUCGGAAAAUAAGUAGUAGGACUAUAUUAUUUUUCCUAUUCUAUUUUAUGAUUCUAUCUUCUAGCUUUUUCUAUUAUUGUCUAUCGUGCAGUGCAUUCAAACCAUCAGCCUUUAGAGAUUCUAUGUUUGAUUCUAGUGCGCGCGUGUAAGAAAAAGAAAAAGGCAACGAUAGUUGGAUGUCGAUUGAACGGUGUAGGUGCUGCUCGUGCGCACGCUACUCCACUGAAAGAGAAGCAUUACUAAAAUGGCGCUCGUGGCGGAGCAAUUCCACCAAGCUGUCUAAUCAAGAAUUAAGUCGUUCCUUUUGUUAUUUCUGUAUUUUUCUCGUUUUUAAUUUUUUUGUCAAUCUGUCACACUCAUCUAUUUAUCGAUUCACGUCUAUCGUUACUUUCUUCGAAAAGUAUUUACCUGCAACUGCUAGUUGCUAACUCUCACCAAAAUAAUAGAACACCACAAACAGCAUCACUACAAAAUUAAGUAAGGAUGCCAACGAGCUUCAGAUUCUUACCAAAUUACCGGUAGCAGGAACGACCAUUUUCCAGCGACAAUUGUAGUUAUUCGCAGCGCCGGCUUUGCACGAUUAUUUCGACAACACCAGAUUUAGCGGAAUUGUAUCUGAUCGACGCAACUCAGUGAACUAGCGAAUUGUCAAAAGCCUGAACAAGCGACAUAAAAGAAAAAGGCUGGAGUGGCGAAGGCGGAGUGGGCGUCGGAGUCAGGGUCGAGGUUGGUGGAGCGUGAGCCGGCAAUGCAAGCAUGUAGCUGCUGCCGGACUAAGCUCCUUGGCCUCGACUCUAACUCCCGACUCGAGCUUUGGACAAUUAACUAGCCUGCAGAUAGCAGUAGUAUUUGCUAUCAGCAGUUGGCAGUAGAGAGCAUGGCUAAUUUCUCUAUGAAUAAGUAUGCCCACUGCGCGGCCGCAGAUCACUUCGCUAACCUGUUUUUCACGGCACCUUUAGUUAUUUUGAUUCUGAUUAUACUACAGUCAUUGCCUGGCACUGCUGAACAAGUUGUUCUUCUUGACACAACAACAGAAGGCAGUUUGAAGUGGACCAAGUUUCCAUUUGGAAAACAAGCUAAUACUCCAGGAUGGGUCGAGGAAUCAUUUACAAACUUUGACAAGGGAAUAAACUGGAGGAGCUAUGUGGUGUGUGACGUGGCAUACAACAAUGUCAACAACUGGUUAUGGACACCAUUUAUAGAACGAGGUCCAGCAAAUCGCAUGUAUAUAGAAAUAAAAUUCACAGUGCGUGAUUGUUCGCUUUUCCCUGGAAAUGCUCUUAGCUGCAAAGAAACUUUUAGCUUACUCUACUACGAGUUUGAUGCAGCAACAAAGGAGCCACCGCCGUGGGAGCCCGAUAGUUAUAAGCUUAUUGGUAGAAUAGCGGCGAAUGAAGGUCGCUUCAACAGUAAUACCGAGGUGAUUAUCAACACUGAAGUCAAAUCAAUUCCUGUUACGAAGAAAGGUGUAUAUUUUGCAUUUCGAGAUCAAGGAGCUUGCAUUUCCUUACUUGCUAUUAAGGUAUAUUAUAUCAGCUGUCCCGAAGUCACAGUUAAUUACGCUCGAUUUUCAGCUACACCUACGGGUCGCGAGGUUGCUUUAAUCGAACAGAGUCUGGGUCAGUGUGUAGCAAAUGCCCAACAAGAACAACAUGAGCGUCCAACAUAUUUAUGUAAAGGCGAUGGCAAGUGGUAUCUAGCAAGCGGUGGUUGCCACUGUAGACCUGGCUAUCAAGCCGAUCCAAAACGUCAGCAGUGUCAAGAGUGUCCGAUAGGCAAAUUCAAACAUGAACCUGGAUCCCAAGCAUGUGAAAUUUGCCCUGCUCAUAGUAAAGCGUCAGAUUAUGGAUUUAGUGAGUGUCGCUGUGAUUCUGAUUACUACCGUGCACCACAAGAUUCCAAAAGCAUGGCUUGUACUCAACCACCGACGGCUCCGCAGAAUCUUACUGUUAACUUCGUCGACCAGUCUACAGUAAUCCUUUCAUGGAAUCCGCCUUAUAAACUUGGUGGCCGUAAUGACACUAACUAUCGAGUACUGUGUGAUGCUUGCAGUACUGAUACCGUCAAAUAUAUACCAAACAAUCAACAUGCUUUCAAUGACACUAAAAUUACUAUAACAGGUUUAAAUGCCGUCACGACUUACCGUUUCCAAGUAUUUGCUGAAAACGGCGUUUCAACUAUAGCACGUGUUCACGGCUAUGAGCCACGAUAUGUUGACAUCACCGUGACUACUGAGGCUUCUGUACCCAGUCUUGUGAGCAAUUUACGUAUUACUUAUGUAAAAAGCUCGGAGCUCAGCAUUAGUUGGGAUGCUCCGGUCAGUGAUCUUACUGAAACACAUGAUCCAGAUGAUCUUGUUGAGCGAUAUGAAGUAAGAUGCUAUGCUCGAACCGAUGAUCCGAGUAAUGCAACCGUCAUGCAGACGUCCGAGCUCUCUGCCACCUUUAAAAAUCUUAAGCCUAUGACAGAAUAUGCCGUGCAGGUACGAGCGAAGACUACACGAGGAUGGGGCGAGUAUACGCCUGUUCUCUACAAAAAGACAUCUCAUGCUAUAGGACUGGAUUAUGUAGGUGAAGAUGAUAACAUGCAAGUACGUAUUAUCGCCGGCGCUAUCGUUGCAGUAGUCGUUCUUCUUGUAAUAAUCAUCGUAAUGACCGUACUAUUCUUACGGAGUAGAGCUUCUGACGAGUGCAACAAAAAACAACCAAGUGAUUGUGAUACUUUGGAGUAUAGAAAUGGAGAAGGACUGGUAGUAACUUACAUGACAACGCCACUGUUUACGCCUCCAGUGGGAGUAGCUAGUUCCGGCAGUGGAGGUCCCGGUGGUACUAGUGCACGAAGUUAUGUAGAUCCUCACACGUAUGAAGAUCCUAACCAGGCCGUCCGUGAAUUUGCCCGUGAGAUUGAUGCAGGGUACAUCACGAUAGAGGCUAUAAUUGGUGGUGGCGAGUUCGGUGAUGUAUGCAGAGGAAAGCUGAAGCUUCCUCCGGACGGCAGGUCUGAAAUUGAUGUUGCAAUAAAGACUCUAAAGCCUGGCUCUGUAGACAAAGCACGCAAUGAUUUUCUAACUGAAGCGUCAAUAAUGGGCCAGUUUGAGCACCCUAAUGUAAUUUUUCUACAAGGUGUUGUAACUAAAAGCAAUCCUGUAAUGAUAAUCACUGAAUUUAUGGAAAAUGGUAGUUUAGAUACAUUUUUACGGGCAAACGAUGGCAAAUUCCAGGUAUUACAAUUAGUAGGUAUGUUGCGUGGUAUUGCCAGCGGUAUGCAAUAUCUUGCAGAAAUGAACUAUGUCCAUCGAGAUUUAGCUGCAAGAAACGUGCUCGUCAAUGCCGCUCUCGUCUGCAAAAUCGCCGACUUCGGACUUUCAAGAGAAAUUGAAAGUGCAACAGAAGGUGCUUAUACCACUCGUGGAGGCAAAAUUCCUGUGAGAUGGACCGCACCGGAAGCAAUUGCUUUUCGCAAAUUCACGAGCGCUUCGGAUGUUUGGAGUAUGGGUAUCGUUUGCUGGGAAGUCAUGUCUUAUGGCGAGCGUCCAUACUGGAACUGGUCCAAUCAAGAUGUUAUUAAAUCUAUUGAAAAGGGUUACCGACUGCCUGCACCAAUGGAUUGCCCCGAGGCUAUUUAUCAACUUAUGCUCGACUGUUGGCAAAAGGAACGCACUCAUCGACCAACAUUUGCUAACCUCACUCAAACUCUUGAUAAACUCAUUAGAAGUCCCGAUACACUUAGGAAGAUUGCACAAAACAGGAGCACGAAUCCAUUGGCGCCAGAUGCAGUUGAUCUAACACAACUUACAUCGGUAGAAGAGUGGCUGAUUUCAAUAAAGAUGUCUCGCUAUGCAGGAAAUUUUGAGCGUGCAGGGUUUACAACUUUAGAGGCAGCAGCAAGACUAACGGUUCAAGAACUCACCGCACUAGGAAUCACCCUUGUCGGCCACCAAAAGAAAAUUAUGAAUAGUGUAACCAUCCUAAGGACCCAGUUGUCAGCGAGUUCACAAGGUUUCCUCGUUUAAUUUGCCCUUGAACUACGCUACAUAUAAUCAUGCAGUUAAAACAUAGUCUUGCCAUUUUAAAUGAGUCGAUUAGUUCACCCAGUCUUAUGAUCAUCGUUAAUCGACUAAUAACUUCACUAAAUUUAUUGAAGUAUAUUUAAAAAAUAGGCAACUCUUGUGAUGUUUAUCGAAAAUCGAACUUAAGUAGAAUGACCAUGUUAUUCACUAUGUAUAUAAUUUAUUUUAUUUCAAGUAAUAAUUCACUCAAAGUGAGUGGAAUUUCUAACGAAUACCCACUGAAUUAGGAUCUACUGAGCUUUGAGUGAAACCGUUGUAAUCCUUCAAGUGAGAAGUUAUUCAUAAUUACGUAAAAUUAAAUAUUUAUUUAAGUAUUUUUUACAAAAUGGCUAAAAGUAGAACGAUUAAUACCAGUAGAAAUUUAAUAAAAAAAAGAUUUUUUUAAUGUUGAUUCAAAUAUUCCAGUAUUUAUUAACUUCUCAGUUAAGGUAUUUGUAAGAUUUAACAAAUUUAAUAUUUCAUAAUAACUUAGUUAUUCCGUCAAAAUUUGAAUGAACUUGAAAAUAAAAAGACUUGAAACAAUUUUGAUCUACACUGAGAUCAAGCCAGAGAACUUUAGAUUAUCAAUGAAAAUAAAUGCUUGUUAGGAUUAGAAAGCAAGUAUUAAAAUACCAUCAGAGAUCUCUUAUACCGACUGUGUAUAAUAAUAACAAAAACCGGAUCGAAUUAUCUUAUAUAGCGUAUGAUGAAUAAUUUACUAGUGAUCAUAAGUUUAACAAAUAUCUUAACAAUUAAUAGUACUCAAAAUAAUAUUUUAUUUAUAAUGAUAAGAUGUUUUACUAUAUUCGAAUCAUUCGAGUCAAAUAAUACUCACUGGCUUUAAGUGAUUAUUGCAGUUUAAAAGAAUCAAGUGAAACUGUUAUAUAUAUCAUUCAAAAUCUGAUGACCUGUAUCUUCAAAUGAAAUUUUCAAUCAAACAUAAUUUACAAGUAAAUGAAAAAACAAUAGUUAUUUUUGUUUUAUGCAUAUUAUCGGAGGAUGCAAUAAAUUCUUACUUUUUUAGAAGAGUUGGUACUGGAUACCUUUCAUUUUGAUUUUGACUCAAAAGAGGAACACAAAGAUUAUUAUGAUAAUUAAAAUUUGGUACACGGUAUUCGUGAUAGAAAUAAUAAGAUACGUCUUUCGAUUUAAAUAUAAUUUUAUUUACUCUAUACUUUAGUAUAAUUAUCAUAAAAGACGUGCAUGCACGCAUACACUCAACCACGCACACACGCGCGCACGCCUACACACAGGCAUACAUAUGUCAGUAUAAUAUGCAGAUGGCGUUGAUUAUAUUUUCUUUUCAUUUCUAUCAAAUUCAAAUGAAAUAGCAUCAAAAGCUUGAAUAUGAUUGUAUACGUUAGUAUUGGAAACUCAUGGACGCUUUGCAUGCCAAACAUUUCAUCAUAGAACAUUGAUAUAUAAUAAAAUACAUGCUUUUUAAAGUACUUCCUGAUCAUUAGAAUUCAAUUUAUAAAAAAAUAUGAACUUUCAUUUAUAAAAAAUCAUUAAGAAUAUAUUAUAAGAACGAAUGCUAGUUAGAAAUGAUCAGUUUCAGUUGGUAACAUAUGUAAAUUACAAGGAAUUUCAUGCACGUGGGUUUCUACUAACACUUUGUAUGUAUCGGUAUUUUGCUAUAUAGACUGUAGUGCAGACUUUACGGGGCUAAAUACAUGGUAUAUAUUGAAUAUUCAUUAAACAGUGGAUUCUUUCUUUAAACUGGGAUAAUUGUAAUUAAUCAAUGUAGUAUGGUUUAAAUAUGCUAAUAGAUAGCUGGAUCAAAUCGUUCAAUUUAGUAAAAAAUUUCAAUUUCAAAUUCUAAAAUUUAUUUUCAAACGUUAAUAAUAAUUUAUAUUUUCACUUUUCUAUUUGAAUUAUCAAUUUAACUUUCAAGCAAAUCAUUGUAUCUAAUUUUUAAUAGAAAGAUUAUUAGGACUUGAAUUAUAACAGGUUAUUUAUAACACAUGAAUCGAAAUAGAUCAAAUAUCUUGAAAGUUAUUUCAGUUUAAUAGAAGACUUGAUUUGCUAGUAUAUUCAAUAUAAAAAAUAUAUUAACUCAUGCCACUUCAUAAAUCCCAAAGAAGAGCCUAUUCAGUAACAACUGAGAAACGGUUCUGAUAUUCUUCACUAAAUAAGAUACGUAACAGGUUACGUAGUGAAAUUACUAAAUUUUUUUCUUCGUGAGGCUUUUAUACAUACUAUAUAACUUCUCAUAAGAUCGUAUCUUACAUUUUGAUAUUCCUAUGUGUUCUUACGUUCUAACUUUUUAUCGGUGCCAUAUUAUUAAAUAGUAUUUAAAAAAACAUAAUAUGCAAAUAGAACAAGAAAAUUCUAUUUAUGAAACAAAAGAAAUAUUUAGUGUAUCGAUCAGAAAAAACUGUAACUGGUUCCGAACAAAAUAUUUAUGCAUCGAUUGUACGCAACCGUUUAUGCUAAAAUUAAGCUACAAGCUUAUGCCUUUUUCUAUUUUUUUCAAAAAAACAGGUUUUUACAAUAUAACCCAAUAAUAAUAAUAAUAAUAAUAAUAAUAACAAUAAUAAUAAUAAUAAUAACACAGCAAUAUUUCUAAAUUUGGAUCUAACUUAUCCUAGAACUAAUUUUUUUUUCGAUUAAGUAGUAAAAUUGAAUAAUUCGUAGCAUAUAUUUAUUCAUUUUUUUGUUAAGAAAUAGAACCAAAUUAAAAUAAACCAGGUAAGAAAAGUGGCAAAAUGCAUGAACACAUUCAUAAGUUAUGGCGAAAUGGCUCGAAUAGCGUUUUGUGUAACUAAAUGACAAUCAUCGUAAUGAAACUAGACAACAAAAAUUAUUUUAGAUAACUAAUUAUUAAUUAUUGCAAUUUGAAUUCAAAAUCUGUAAGUCCUAGAUUCCGACAUACUUUGUAUUGCAAAAUAAUAUAUAUUAAGAUAAGAAACUAGGAACUAUAUAAUAUAAAAGCUAUAAUUUCCUUCUUGACACUCUAAGCGUGGGCAUUCGACUUUACGCACACUCGAGAAAUCGAGCAUGCUCAAAAUCUUGUCCCACAUACGUUGUAUCGAAAAAUAAAGUGAGAUAUGUGUACAAGAAAGUGAUUUCAGCCUCAUGUAGCCUCAUUACCCUUACUUUACUCGGGCACAAACGUUCACACAAGACUGAAAUAACUUUCUUGCACUAGUAACAAAAUGUACUAUUUUCAUUGAUUUAGUUGAUUUUCUGAAUAUAUUUGCUCUUAUAUUUCUAUCCAAAUCCAAUUUUUUCUCGAUCUGUGAUUGAUUAUAAUUAACUUUUUCUUUAACUUAAUUUUUUAUGACCUAAAUUCUUUACAAGUAAUUUAGAUUAAGUCUUUGCACUACGAGAAAAUAUUUGCCUAAUUACAAAGACAAUUCUCUUUAUAAAAAAGUCAUGACCGGAUGUUGACAAGCGAAGAUAAACGCUAUCCGAUUAGCUGAUGCAGUGUGCAUGUUUCUAUUUGAAUCUAACCUAAUCUAACUUAAUCUAAUUUAAAAACGUGUAUUCAAAAUUAUACUAGUUUCCGUUUUCACUUAAAUAUAAAUAUAUAAAAUCUUUUUAAUAUUUUUAUUCAAAAUGUUUGUAUGUACGUAAAUUAUAUUUUAUUUUAAAAAUUAAUUUUUUUAAUAAUAUGUUUUGAGAAAAAUGCUA